AUGACAAAUCAGACAAAUAAAUCAACCAUCAAUCACCCGGACGAUAUGUCCUUUUCUUCGGUACAAGUCAUCGCUUGGAGUUGUGCUCUUGCGACGGAAGCUGUUGUUAUUGUCGUAGGAAACUUGCUCACAAUUGUACUUUUUGCACUUAACAAGAAACUACGAUCUAAGAAAAGUUUAUAUCUUGUUUUGAAUAUGGCAUUUGCUGAUCUGUUUCUGGGAGGUAUAUCUCUCCCUACAUAUGUUUACUCCCUGGCUCUUGGUCAGGUUAAAUUUGAUGAACAAACUCCAACGCUUUUUACAAUUAUUUUCCUCGUUUUCGCUCAGGCAUCAUUCAUUACCGCUACUUUGAUAUCUUGUGAGAGAUUUUACGCCAUCUAUUGGCCGCUGAAGCACCGGCAGACACUUUCUACGCGAGCAUACAGGUUCGUUAUUUUGACGGUGUGGACAUUAAGUUUCCUUGGUUCUCUUUUCACAGUUUUUUCUCCUGCAAUUCUCAAGCCUGGUGGCUCUGAAUUCUUUCCUGUCUUUAAUCUUCGUGUCUGUACUUCUAAUCAUCAGCGGCCUCAAUUUUGGUGUUUGGAGAAAGAUUCAGCAACAAACUGUUCCUCAUCACCAAAACAGAGUCUUGCAAAGACGACGCUUAACAAAGACUUUGUUAUUAGUAUCUCUCAUCGCCAUGGGUUCUUGGCUUCCACCUUUGGUUUAUAA